AUGGCAAACGGAAGUUCUAACUCCAGAACUCAAGCUGGUAAUGUCAGCUCGACGGUUCAGACGCUGAGAGCUACUUUGACAUCAGAAACUACCCCGCUGGCCCGCCGUUUCCGGGCUCUCUUCUCACUCAAACACCUCGCAUGUCUGCAGCCGCCUACGGAAGAUACUAUCCCAGCCAUAGACGCUAUUGCCGCAGCCUUCACUUCGCCAUCAGCGCUGCUAAAGCACGAACUAGCGUACUGUCUGGGCCAAACGAAGAAUAUACACGCCGUGCCGUUUCUGCGCCAUGUGUUGGAAGAUAAGAGCGAGGAUAGCAUGUGUAGACACGAAGCCGCAGAAGCUAUUGGCGCAUUAUCAGACACAUCAAGUCUAGAUCUACUACGGAAGCUAAGGGACGAUCCAAGUGAGCCAGAUGUUGUUCGAGAAACCUGUGAGAUUGCAGUAGAUAGGAUCCUGUGGGAGACCUCUGAAGAAAGACAGACAGAGAAGGUUAAGAAGAGUGACUUCACUUCCAUAGACCCUGCUCCUCCAACCGCUCUCACCUCGGAGGGUCACUCGAUUCCAGCGCUCAAGAAAACACUUCUCGACACAAGCCUUCCUCUCUUCCAACGGUAUCGUGCAAUGUUUGCGUUACGCGACCUUUCCUCCCCACCGGAUCUUCCAACUGCGCGAGAAGCAGUCGAGGCUUUGGCAGAAGGGCUUAAGGAUAAAUCGGCAUUAUUCAGACACGAAAUUGCGUUUGUGUUUGGACAGCUCUCUCAUCCCGCUAGCAUCCCGAGCUUGGUGGCAGCACUCAGCAACAAGGAGGAGGCUGGUAUGGUCCGUCAUGAGGCCGCAGAGGCCCUUGGCAGUCUGGGUGACGAGGAAGGGGUAGAAGAAGUGUUGAGGAAGUUCCUGGACGACCCAGAGGUUGUUGUCAAGGAUAGCGUCGUUGUCGCUCUCGAUAUGGCGGAGUAUGAGAAAAAUGGCGAACUUGAGUAUAGUUUAAUUCCGGAGCCGGCUGCCGUAGGUUAA